AUCGAUUAUUCAAAGACUCGUUUUCACCAAGGAUGUCUGUCCCGCGUCCCAUUGACCAACCCACGCACCGUCCUCACCUCAACAGCUCUCGCCUCGCCAUGCCUCUCCCGGUCCUGCUCGCCCUGCUCUGCGCCCUACACGCCCCCGCGAGCUCCGCGUCCACGGCGACCUACUCCCUCUCGCCAGGCCAGUCGCUCGCCGGCGACGACAAGCUCGUCUCCGGCGGCGGCAAGUUCGCGCUCGGCUUCAUCCAGAUCCCAGGCAGCGACAGCAACCCCUCCGGCUCCGGCGGCAACAGCACUCAGCUGGGCAUAUGGUUCAGCCUCAACCGUGUUCCCAAGCUGACACUGGUGUGGGUGGCCAACAGGGGAGGCAGCCCGGUGGCCGGCGCCGCGUCCCCGGAGCUCACGAUCUCCGGCGACGGCAACCUCGUCAUCGUGGACCGCGGCAAAGUCGCCUGGUCCACCCGAGCCGACGUCACAGCCAACAACAACAACAACAGGGCGGUCCUCCUUCUCCUGGACACCGGGAACCUCGUGUUGCGCAGCGCCUCCAACGCCUCCGACGUGAUGUGGCAGAGCUUCGACCACCCCACGGACACUCUGCUCCCCGGCGCCACCAUCGGGCUGGACAAGGUCACCGGCCGGAGCCGCCGCCUCGUCUCCAGGAAGAACCGGAUCGACCAGGCUCCGGGCGCCUACUCCAUGGAGCUGGGCCGGAGCGGCGUCGUCCAGAUGCUGUGGGACGCGUCCGUGCCCUACUGGUCCAGCGGGGAGUGGAACGGCGACUACUUCAGCUCGGUGCCGGAGAUGACCGCCCGCCACCUGAUAGGCUCCACCUUCGUCAACGACGACCGGGAGGUGUCCUUCGCCUACCACCUGCUCGACGAAACCAUCACCAUGUACAGCUUCCUGGACGUGUCCGGGCAGAGGAAGAUGCUGGUCUGGCAGGAUGCCACGCGGGACUGGGUGACGGUCUACGUCCACCCCACCACCCAGUGCGAGGUGCACGCCGUCUGCGGGCCAUUCACGGCCUGCGACGACAGCGCGCCGGCGCCGUGCAGCUGCAUGAAGGGGUUCUCCGUGGGUUCGCCUGAGGAUUGGGACCUUGACGAUCGGAGCACGAGCGGUUGCAGAAGGAACACUCAGCUGAAUUGUGCUAGCAUUAGCAACGGCACCAUGGUUGGCAUGGCUGACAUGUUCUACGCCAUGCCGGCCGUCAGGUUACCCUAUAACCCCCACGGCGCCGCGGGAUAUGUCGCCAGCGCAGCCGAAUGCGAGCAGGUCUGUCUGAGCAACUGCUCUUGCACUGCAUAUUCCUUUGGCAGUGGUGGCUGUUCUAUGUGGCAUGGUGGAUUGCUGAACGUAAAACAACGCCAGAUUGAUGGUGCUUCUUCCAGCGGUGAUGGCGAAAUUCUUCACAUCCGCCUCGCGGCGAAAGAGUUCCGGACCCGGAAAAACAACAGUGUAGUUAUCAUUUUGGUUGCCAUUGGUGCAGGCCUCAACGCUUUGGUUAUCUUGGUACUCGUCGUAGCGCUACGCAGGACCAGGAGGAACAAAAGGUACAGUGAAACAUUGGACAAAAUCCAUGGUGGCAGUGGGCUUGUUUCAUUCAGAUACAGCGAUUUGCGGCGUGCAACUAGAGAUUUCUCAGAGAAGAUUGGGGCAGGUGGUUUUGGUUCUGUGUUCAAGGGGUCGCUAAAUGAUUCGACCACUAUAGCGGUGAAAAGGCUUUACGGUUGUUAUCAACAAGAGAAGCAGUUCAGGGCUGAGGUGAGUUCAAUUGGAAUCCUCCACCAUACAAAUUUAGUCAAAAUGGUUGGUUUCUGUUGUGAGGGCGACAAGAAGCUUCUUGUCUACGAACACAUGCCAAACAGUUCCCUUGAUGCCCAUCUGUUCAGGAGCAGUGCCAAAGCUCUGAAUUGGAGAACCAGAUACCAGAUAGCUCUUGGAGUUGCCAGGGGGCUGGCAUACUUGCACGAGAGCUGCCUGGACUACAUCAUACACUGCGAUAUAAAGCCGCAAAACAUACUUCUCGACGCGUUGUUCGUUCCUAAGAUCGCCGACUUCGGGAUGGCAAAGCUUCUCACAAGGGAUUUUAGCCGGGUCAUGACCACAACCAGGGGCACAAUUGGGUACCUUGCCCCUGAAUGGAUCAGUGGAGUGGCCAUCACGCCCAAAGUCGAUGUGUAUGGAUAUGGGAUGGUGCUACUGGAGAUCAUAUCCGGGAGGAUGAACGCGAACGAAGAAUGCGGCAGCAGUGGUGAUGGCAUUGUUUAUUUCCCCAUCCAGAUGGCGCGCAAGCUUCUCGAGGGAAACGUCAUGAGCUUCGUGGAUGAUAGGUUAAACGGUGAUGUUAUCGUCGACGAGGUUGAAAGGGCUUGCAAGGUUGCCUGUUGGUGCAUUCAGGACAGGGAGUUUGAACGGCCAACGAUGGGCAAGGUAGUCCAGAUUCUUGAGGGUCUUGUUGAAGUCGACACCCCUCCGAUGCCUAAGCUACUCGAAGCUAUCGCCGGAAGAUCACACUCAGCAUGCACCUAGCCUGGUAACCGCGGACGGCCGUUAGCGUGGCUUGCAUUCACCUGGUCUAACAUAUAUGUCCAUGUACCAGUCUCAAAGAAGCCAAGCGUCGUGCCUGUCGUUCCGGAAGCCGAGCUUGUCGCCGCUGCCAAGUGGUUGGCGAGCUGACAUGGUGUCCGUCGCAGCAGAGCUUGUCACAACGAUGUGUAGGUGGAAGAUCACGGUGAAAACAAAGAUGGGUAAAAGAUGUGUAGCUAUUCAAGUACAACCAUCAAAUUAACUAGUGGAGGGAAAAUAUGUUCCAAUGGCGAUCUAAGACCGGAUGUUAGGCUUAACUUAGUGAUGAGCUGCACGA